AUGCUACACUUCCCGAUCUCGAAGCGUCGGAUAUCUACUCGGAGGAGAACUCUGACAAAAGCUUCCAAGCGGGAUGCUGGCAGCGCGGAUGAGGGGCAAGGUGGUGGCGAGGGAUCUAGACAGAAGGAUCUUAGCGACCCUAGGAGGAAGAGAGGAAGGCCCCCGAGGGUUGACACCCCGAUGGAGAUCAGGGUUAAGAAUGUGUUAAAGGCGCUCAGGAAGCUAAAGGAUGAAAGUGAUGGCCGCUUGAGAAUAAGUACUUUUGAGAAAUUGCCGGAGAAGAAGGAGUUUCCUGAGUAUUUUCAGGAAAUCAAGGACCCUAUUGCUCUCGAUAUCAUCCGGAAAAACGUCAAACGUCGCGAAUACAAGACCUUUGACCACUUUAUCGCUGACAUGGAGCUGAUGUUUGAGAACGCAAAGAGCUUUAAUGAAGAUGACAGUGAUGUUUACGGGGAUGCUGUCAUCUUACAAGAGGAAAUGCGCAAGGCUGCUGAGGUUGAAAAGGCUAGAAGGGACGAAGAUAUCACCGGCGGUGAAGAAGGCGAGCGAGGAAAUAAGCCUACUAGGUUGCCCUUGGAGAAGGUCGAGCAUAGAGGUGAAACGUACCGAGUUGGCGAUUGGAUCCACAUUAUCAACCCUAAUGAUCCGAACAAACCAACCGUUGGGCAAAUCUUCCGUACCUGGAAAGAUCAUGAAGGGCAGAUCUGGAUCAACGCUUGCUGGUACUAUCGCCCGGAACAAACCGUCCACUGGGCUGAGAAGAAGUUUUACGCAGAUGAAGUUGUGAAGACCGGACAAUACCGAGAUCAUCAUAUCGACGAGGUCCUGUCCAAAUGUUUCGUCAUGUUCUUCACUCGAUAUUCCCGUGGGCGACCGAAGGGUGUCGAUGAGAAGAAGUGUCCUAUCUAUGUUUGCGAAAGUAGGUACAACGAGAUCGAGAAGCAUUUCAACAAGAUUAAAACCUGGAAGAGCUGUAUCCCAGACGAGGUUAGGGGGCAGGACUACGAGCUCGACGCGUUUGAGAAGCAGCAAGUGUUGAAGAAGCUACCAAGUCCUAUUCUUCAUUUAUUACCGGAAAACGCAGAAGAGGGCGACCCAUUACCUGACGCGAAAAUGGGUGUCGAAAAUGCGCCGCCUAUCAUCGGAGCUGUCUUCAAGAGGGCAAGACGAGACAAUGUAAGUUUGCCGCUCCUUGGGUUUUGCGGUGUGCGUUUUUGUGGGAGCCUAGUGUAA